GUCUCAGAAAUUAUUUAUAGUGUCUAGGAUUCUUACGGGAGCCGCACAGGGCGUAACGGUUCCUGCGUUAUUUAUCCUCAUGGCCACCUGGUUUCCCGCCUGAGGAGAAAGCCAAGUUCGGAGCUUUUAUUAAAGGGGGUAUGCAGUUCGGCACGGUCGUGACAAUGGUCCUGGGUGGCUGGUUGAGUGGUUCAGACCAAGGAAACUGGCCCAUGACCUUCUACGUGUUCGGGGGCCUAGGGCUGGUCUGGGGCAUCCCCUGGUUCCUGCUGGUGCAUGAUAGACCUGAACAGCAUCCCCGUAUUUCUCAUGCAGAGUUGCAAUACAUCCAGGCGAACAUGCACGCAGUGAAGAAAGCAGAGGUGGUUUCCGUGCCCUGGAGAGCGAUGCUCACGUCAGCUCCCGUGUGGGCCUGCGUCAUCAUCGCCAGCGGCAGCAGCUUCGGCUUCCAGACUCUCCUCUCCGAAAUGCCGACCUAUCUGGCCAACAUCCAGCACUUCGACAUGAACAGCAGUGGGUUGAUGUCCGCGCUGCCGUAUCUGUGCAUGUGGAUCUUCGGCCUCAGUUGGGGCGUCGGCAUGGACCGCCUCGCCGCUGCCGGGCUGCUCUCCGUGACGGCUGUGAGGAGGCUCUCCACUGGCUUCGCUCACUACGUGCCGGCGGCGGCUCUCGUCGUCAUGUGCUUCGUGGACUGCAACUCCACCCUGGCGAUGGUCGUGCUGUGCUUAGCGGUGGGCGCCUGCGGCAGCGCCUAUAGCGGCAACGCCCUCGCCGAGCAGGACAUCGCGCCCAACCUGACGGGGACGCUGAUGGGGAUCACCAACACCAUGGGCGCCGUCAUGGGGUUCAUCGCGCCCUCCGUCACGGGCGCCAUCACACAGGGAAGACAAGGUUCACUGGGUGCUUGGAGAACCGUCUUCCUGGUGUCGGCAGCGAACUACGUGGUCACAACCACACUCUACAUGCUCACUAUGUCCGCGCAGGUCCAGCCUUGGAACCAUUCUCAGAAAUCCAGGGAUCGUCGUGAGGAUCCUGAAGGUGCCCCAUCCUUAGAAAAAACUUAAGUCAUAAUGAUUUGAAAAUAAAAUCUUAGGAUCAGGCACAUAUCAUUCUAUUAUAGUUCUUCACAGGAUAGAACAUGUCGAGUAUCACAUCAAUUCAAAUCGGCUUCCGUGGCGUAUAUAAAACAUACCAAAACGUACCAUGUCGAAAAUGAUGUCUUAGUAAUGACUUCACAAAGUUAUUUCAUAAUGACAUAUAUGUAUCUCCAUCCAUUCAGGUGUAUAUUAUUUUUUCGCAACCCUCAAAAAAAAAAAAAAGACAAAAAUGAAUAAAUAAAGCAAGGUCGACAUAAAGAUGUCCUUGACAAGGUAGUUAUAACUCACGGCAGAGUGACAGGCAAUUAUUAAAUACUUAUGGGAGAGCUGACUGGUAAUGAUGAUUAUUAAAUUAUGACAAGCUGGUGAUUAUUAAUUAGACGUUGACAUAUUGCUGAUGGUAACAGACCUUGCAUUUAACUAAAUAUGGCCAACCUUUCCAGUUCUCAAUAAAAACAAAAAAUCCUAUCGGUUUAAGGGGUUUAGAUCUCGAAUCACAUUUAAUCGGUGAAGAAACUAUAUUAAGAUAAUCACAAAUGCAGUGUAAAAUCAUGAGAUGUAUUUCUUUACCAUUACAGGUCACAUCAAUAUUGUAAUCUAUUUUUUUUACUACUAUUUAUUACUUAUUACUAAGUUACUGCUGUUUUAUUGAUUUAUUUCUUUUUUAUCCCGUAAUGAUAUUUUAUCUUUAUUAUUUUCAUCUUUAUUAUUUUUCUGGUUAUUAUCCUGACCACAUGCGAGGUAUGAUAUUGUAAGAUUUAUUAUAUAAAUCGAAUAUUUAUAUAUACUUA